GGCCAUGGGCUCGUCCACAUCCGGGCUCUGACAGAAAGCGCCCGCCGGUCACGUGGCCUCGGUGGGGGGCGUGGCCUGGAGAGGGAAGCGGGUCGCACUCGCCGCGGGUAAGGGUCCCUCGCAGCAGAUCUGACGGCACCAAAGCUUCAGGAAAAUGGACAGCGAGGUACAGAGAGAUGGAAGGAUCUUGGAUUUGAUUGACGAUGCUUGGCGAGAAGACAAGCUGCCUUAUGAAGAUGUUGCCAUACCACUGAAUGAACUUCCUGAACCUGAACAAGACAAUGGUGGCACCACAGAAUCUGUGAAAGAACAGGAAAUGAAGUGGACAGACUUGUCCUUACAGUACCUCCAUGAGAAUGUCCCCCCUGCUGGAAACUGACACUGCCCCUCUCUUGAGCCUGGCUGUUUUCAAAAGUACGUUUUCUUUCCAUCUCUGAAUUCAGAUCUCUGAGUAAUAAAUCAAUACCCAAAAGUGUGCA